CGAUCGAUUGAUAAAUCGAUUUUUGCCGAAAUACUGCCAAAUGCUCGAUUUUAAAUCGCGUAACUUUCUAGCGAUCGAAAUAUGAGUUUUGCCAAAACGGGAUGUUACAAUUCUCCCCUCCUUAAAAGAUUUCGUCCCCGAAAUCUAUCCUUGAGUCGAUGGUACAUAUCCGCUCAUUUCCCCCCUAACCUACAUUAUCACAAAUCUUGUUACUAUCUAAAUUUUAGGUUAGGAGAUCUGAAGUACAUAACUAAACACAUAACACCUCAAGUUCCCAAUAUAAGGUUUCAAAAACCUAUACUGGGCUAUCACAACAAAAGCACAUUGACUCGACUCUACUGUCACCCUAGGAAUUGGCCAAGUGGAACCACUCCCUAAAGCGUAGUAUAGCGGGUUUGGGUUUAAUUAUCAACCCGGGUCCUAGAUUUGAUGACUACUCAGUGAAUUCUUGUUAUCUAGCAAUGAAACUGGAAUGCAAGUCUAAACUAUCAAACUAACAAAGCAAGUAAACGGUUGUAUUCAGGUUAAAGAGGUCACCCGGAUAUGGUUCCCCCUAGACUGCAGUUAAGCCGGAUUGUAAUUACCAAGUUCAGUUUCUAUGAAGAUUAUACUUCGGAAGAUUCUUAAAUAGCCUGAAGUCUCGACUAAAGGUCUUCAGACCCUCUCAAUCUGACUCUCUGGCGGGCGACUAACCUCCACCGGAGUCGACAGAUUGAGGCCCUAAGAACAAAACCUCCACUACCGGAGUAAAUCCGGUACAGAAUAGUGAGUUGGCUCCUCGACUAAAGUCACCAACUCCCUACCUUCAAUCAAGGAUACUCUAUUAACCUAGGCAGAUAUUCUCAUUCUAGGUUAAAGCAGAAACAACAGGAAUUUGAUCAGGAUUCAAGUCAUUCAAUCAUUAAAACCUCAAUAGAAUAUAAUCAAUCACAGAAUCAGUACUUGGGUUCAUACAAUCAAAGCCUAACAUACAAAUCUAGGGUUCUCCAUACCUAGAUGAAUGGGAGAACUACUCCAUAGAGAAGAAAGCAAAAGCAGAAUCAGACACGGAAUUCAUACUGCGAAGGAUGGAUUCCUGCUUCUGGACGUUGAUUGGCACUUCUCCAAGCUCAAGCUGGCCUCCAAUGGUGUUGAAGAUCAAUCUAGGGCACUUGGGAACUCUAGCUCGUCACUUUCUCUCUCUAGGAAUCGCUCUCUUUCUCCAAAACCCGAAUCCCAUCGAAUUGUGGCUGAAAUUCUGCUUAAAAGGAGAAAAUCCCGACUCACACGGCCAGGGUGGCACGGCCGUGCAGCUCACCCAGUUGCCCGUGUGAGUCAAAACGCAUCGUUUCAUUUAGUUCGAAUUCCAGGCACUUUGCACUGCCAGAAUGGCACGGCCGUGUGGACAUCCCCUCUUUCCCGUGUUUGCUCUCGCAGAAUGUGGCACGGCCAACCCGGCCACUUGCACGGCCGUGUCGAUCCUCUGCUCUGCCCGUGUGUGCUCUCGGUAAAACUCGCACGGCCAGUAUAGGUGUCAAAACAGAGCCCGACCCGAUUAACCCGCCCGAUCAACCCGACCCGCAACCCGACCGCAACCCGAAUUGACUAAAAGUCAACAACCCGUAACCCGCCCGACCCGCAACCCGAUUGACCCGCAACCCAACUAACCCGCAACCCGACUGACCCGCAACUCGAUUAACCCGAACCCGAUUGACCCGCAACCCGACUGACCCGCAACCCGUUAACCCGAUUGACCCGAACCCGACUAACCCGUAACCCGACCGACUCAACCCGAAUUUCAUCUAAUCCACUUGAAUAAUUAUUAAAAUAUACAAUACAUAGUUUUUCAAAAUAAAGUUUUUCAUUCUAAACUUAAGUAAAAUUAUUUUUUCAUUUCGUAUAAGAAAUUUAAAAAAUAUGA